AUGUCUUAUAGAAACCCCAAUGUGGAGAAUCCUCAAGACCAAGUGUAUCCUCCAAGGUAUCCACAACAACAAAGACCUCCUUACCAAUCUCAAGGAAGUCAAUUUCAGCCAAGGCAAGGAUAUGAGCAGAGAUCAUCAUAUCCGCCCAAGGAGCCAUAUGCUUCUUCACCAAAUCAAGCUCCUCCAAACCAACAAGGUGGGAGAUUUGAAGGAAUCCUCCAACAGAUCAUGGAUGGCCAGAAGAGAAACACUAAAGAGAUGUAUGAGAAGAUGGACACUUUGUUCAGCAAUCUCAACACCAAGUAUGAUGCUGUUGCCACUCAUGUGAAGAAACUAGAGACUCAAGUCACUCAAACUAUGGAAGCUGUUAAGAGACAGGAAGCUGAAUCCAAGAAGUCCUUUUGCAACUCAGCCGCCAUAGAAGAAAGAUUUGAAGACCAAGUUCCAGAAUGGAUGCUUUCAAAACCUACUGUUGAUUGCAUGAUUUGGCCUGAAGAGAAUUACCCAGAGAGAGAGUCCAAUCGAGCUAGAAAGAGAAGACUCUUCCCAAAGAUUAUCCCCAAGACAGAUAACUCAGGAAAGUUUGUGUGCCUUGUAUCAUCAAAGAUUGGAAAUUGCUCUAUCCCCACUGAUUUCCAGAUUGUGGAAAUGAGAGAGAGUAGCCAUAGACCUCUCAUAUUUGGAACCCCUUUCCUGUCUACUGUGGGUGCCAUAUUUGAUUUCCCCAAUCAAAGAAUCUCUUUCAACAAGGUGAACAAGGGUAUGUUCUUCCCUAUGUGUUCAACAAAGAACUCUUUUGUUGACAUGGUCCAAGAGGAGAAAGCUACUUUGAAGCCACCCCAAGAAGGAGAAACUGAAGAAACAAUCAAGGAAGAUCCCAUUCCUAAGCCCAAGCAGCUUGCCAAACAAGCAAGGAGUAAGACUAAGGCCCCUACACCAAAACCGCCCAAGGGAUCAACCAAGAUUGAAGAUGAGGCCAAGCCAAGAAGAAGGUUAGAAAACCUAGGCAGUAGUGCCAAGGGACAUUCAUGGAGAGAUUGUCUAUCCAGCUGUGAAUCACCCACCAGAUACUCAUUGCAAGGAGAAAAGACUUGGAGGAUCAAAGAUGCCUCUUGUCUCCAUCUUCUCCUGAGUGCCAAGCCUUACAGUCAAGCUAAAGACUUAAAACAAGCGCUGCAUGGGAGGCAACCCAUGAGAAGGAGAAAAAGGUGUGAAAACACAAUCCGCGCCAAAACAUUGGCCGCGGACGCGCAAAAGAGAAUUUUGGCCGAGCAAUUCCAAUCUGGCCGACCGUUACGGUCGAGCCGGGAAGGAAAAGCCGUGCUCGGCCGGAUUCGCACGCACGAACCGGAGAAGAUAGGCCGCGAUCGGCCGAAAUUUUGUAUCGGAACGGACCGACCGUGCCGGUCGAUCCGGGAAACAUACGCUCGGCCUCGGCCGAAAUUCUCUCGCCAAACAAUUUGGCCGACCAAAUCGCUCGACCGCGACAAAUCCAUCGGCCAUCGGCCCAAAAUUUUCUAG